AUGUACAGUGUGGAAGACCUCCUGAUUUCUCAUGGAUACAAAUUGUCACGAAGCCCGCAGGCACCACGCAAGGAUCACCACGAGGGCCGUCAGCGUGAAGCAACCAGGACUCGAGCUGACCAUGGCAUGCUGAAUGGGUAUGAGAACAGUCCAGCAGCCUUCGCACAGAGUAAGAAAGCACUGGGGAAAGGAUGCGUGAGUGACCCCGAGAACCACCGAGGCACGCCCAGAAGCCACAGGGAGCCCCAGAGCUCCUCUGCUUUCAGAACUUCAGAGGUGGGGUUUUAUCACCAACCGCAGUUAGUGUGGUCCUCUCAGCCGCAGACUGGGAACGACCCAGCGUACUGGAGGAGGAGCCAGAGGGACCGAGAAGACCUGGAGGUCAGAGGACUGGCCCAGGCCCACAGUCGGCCUGUCCACUUGAGAGAGGGCCCAUGGGAUGUUGGAGCAAGGACCGAGAAUGUGACAAAGAAGGCAGUUUGGGAAGAAGAGCUGAGAAUGGCAGAGGCUGCCAAGUGGCAGAACGUAAGCCUGGAGAGCUGGAAGCAGCCGAGGAAGUUGGGGAGGCAGAUGUCUGACGGUGGCGGGGAGAAAUUAUUCCACGAUCUGUACCCAUUCAUUCCAGGGGGGCACCGGUCGAACCCUCCAAACAAAGGGAAGUCACAGUCGUUGCCAAAAGUUCUUUUCCCUGAGAGCCUGAGCUGCCUGGACACACCCCUUUCACUGACCGACGGGCACUUGCCAAGGUUUCCUGAGGCUCCACUGUAUCCUCCAAAUUUGGAGUCCACAAGGAACACGGAGAAGGGUGGCUUCGUGGCUCCUUUUCUACAACCUAAGUAUGGGAGACCCCUCAAGCCUCCGUCUUACGAGCUCCACCAACAAUCCAGGGGAGGGGUGGAAAACAGCGAGUACCAGGACGCCGACGACUUGUACAUUUCCUAUCUGACCAAAACCAGUGACCCCAGGCAAGAGCGCUGUGGGUCCGACUCCAGUCUGGAGCCCCCAGUCUACGUGCCUCCCCCCUCAUACCACUCACCCUCCCCUCACAUCACAAACCCAUACCUGGAAGACUCCGCACCCAGACGUGUGGGGGGCGGUCGCAGUCAGCAGCACCCUCCCACCGAAAAGGCCGGUCCCAGUUGUCAGCGUUCUCCCGGCUCCCUGGAAACCGGCCAUGGGUUCGGUACAAGCCCACUCUCUCCUCGCCGGCUGUCCCAACACCCCUGUUCCCCCUCUGCUUACAACAGCUCUGUUCAGUAUAUUCCUUUCGAUGACCCGCGGAUACGACACAUUAAACUAAGUCACCCCCAGGGUGUCUGUGAAGAAACCAAGCUCUAUGAUAGCUUAUACAGCCCUCGGCCUGCUGUCCCCCAAGAGCCAGCUCAUAAGAAAAUGCAACCUGGGGGUGCCUUUUUGAAUGUGCAAAACAUGACCCCCACGGCCUCUGCCAUUUCCUAUCCCAGCCCCCAGUGGCUGGCGGGCCGGCUCCCCUGGGAUGGGGAAAGCGGUGACGUGGCCGACCAAAGAGACAGCUGUACUGUGCAAGGACAGCGAGCUGACGGGAAAGGUGCCCAGUGUGGACACUCCGAAGGCCGUCCUUCUUCCCCAAACCCACAGGCUGAGAGUGCCUGUGAAAUCGUCACCAAGCUCAAAAAGUUUGAAACUGGACUCCAGCCCAAGAAAAGUUCAAAGAUCAAAAAGAACGAGACUGUGUUUUGCUUGGUUUCCAUCCCAGUGAAAUCCGAAUCACAUCUGCCCGCCAUAGAUAGGAACAACAAUGACUUAGAGAAGAAUGCUGAUAAAAAGAGUGGCCUUCCUAUCAGCCCAGUGUUGCAAGAACAAAGUCUCCUGAGCAUGUCUUCCACCGACCUGGAGCUGCAGGCUCUCACAGGAAGCAUGUCCAACAGAACAGAGCUACAAAAACAAGAUCUGAGAGUAGCAGAAGAUACACAAACAAAUGACCUAAGUUUCAUUCAGCCUACAGGACACCGAGAACUGAAGUACUCUACCUCUUGGUCAGGGCACCAGUUCAGAGACCAGCAGACACAGACCAAUUUCACUGAAGAAUCCAAACGCUCACAGCUCCUCCUAGGUGCGAAGCCAGGAGCCUCGGGUGACACAGUGUUGGCUCCAAAUUACUUCGACCCCGCUACCUCGGGUGCGCCAGUGCAUGCAGCACUAACUCCUGGUGACCAGAAGCAAAGGUUGAAUGGUCACUGCUUAAAAAGUCAAAUGUACCUCAGCCCCUCUAGCAACAGUGCUUUCUCGAGGACGCCCUCAGCCAUAAACCAAGCCCCUGCGCCCAGAGUGUGGCCGAGUCAGCCGCACAUGGAUGUCCACGAUCACGGGGCCAGCCCUCCACCCAAGGGCGAGGUGGUGAAGGGGGAACCCACAAGUCCAUGCAACAGUCAGCAGCUCUUUGGUCAGUUUCUCUUGAAGCCUGUGAGCCGUCGUCCCUGGGAUUUAAUAAGUCAGCUAGAAAACUUCAACAGGGAACUGCAAGAGCAGAAAGAGAGCAGCGGAGCCAACAGUGUGUGCGGGAGUGAGGAAAGUGAGGCCGAGGGCCAGCAGGAGGACAGUGGAGACUCCAGGUGGAAGCAGGCCGGAUUCAGUGGGUAUGGCCAGGCAGUGAGCGGUGAGCAGCAGCCCCGGACACCGAUGCCACCCGAGCCUGGCUUUAGGUCGGGAAGAGUGAAAAGUCAGUCUGACAGCUAUAAUGAGGAGCAGAAGGUGGGCCUUCCGGCCCCGGCCCUUCUGCAGGCCCAAGAUAGCCGAGGGGAAUCCUUCAGGUCGGCAGAUGGAAACUGGAUCACAGAGAAGAGAAAACAGGAGGUUGGAGCAAGAAAAAGCAUAGUAGCUAUCAGCCCAGAUCCUGUGAAAAGAACCAUGGCGUUUAGAUUGAGUGACACCAAGCCAGUCCCCACGUUCUCCCCAGCUGAACGGAGAGAGCCAGGGGAAAGCCAGAACUAUAGCCCUGACAUGAGUGUUCUCAAACCGAGCAAUGCCGUCACCUCAGAGGGUGAGAGUCGGGAAGACAGGGAGACUGAGUUUCUGCUUUCCCUCGCUAACAAAAACCGGGGACUCUCCGCACCAGACCUACGGUCUGUGGGGCUGCUUAUGGGGCAAGAGCCGAACGCUAGCAAGUUAGACAGCUCUUCUGAGAAAGCAAGUGCAGUAGAAAUCCCCCCAAAUGAGUCCCUCCAAGAAAGGGCUGAACGGAUCUUGGGCAUCGAGGUUGCGGUGGAGUCUCUCUUGCGGGCCAGCAGGAGACCUGAACACCAGCACUGGCCCGAAAGUAGCGAAAGUGCCUUCAGGCCCGAUUCACCCAGGGAAGAACCACUGACCAGCUCAGCCCAGCCAGAUGGCCCCUCAGCAUCAAAAGAUGCCUUUUACGGCCGGAGGAAGUGUGGCUGGACUGAAAGCCCUCUUUUUGUAGGGGAGAGAGACAUGACUAGACGGUCUGCCCACACGUCUGCCCACUCAGGUACGGACGGGGCCAUGGCCCUUGAUGCCUCCGGCCCUGAGCCCCAGCCCAACCCCCUGGGCCCCGAGUCCUUGGAUCUGAAGGACUCCGAGAAAAAACCCCCAUUCAGGUCCACCUUGUUCCAUUUUAUGGAGAAGAGUCCAAAUGUGGCAGGCUCAGAGAAGAGGUGCAGAAGUACUUCCAAAGUGAUUGAAAGUUUACAAGAGAAACUGGCCUCCCCUUCCAGGAGGGUGGACCCUGACCGCUUGCUGAGAAUGAGAGAGGUCAGCUCUGUGUCCCGGAUGAGGCUUCUGAGCUCCAGGAGCUCGGAUUCCAUGGAGGAGGCAGAGGAACUGAAGGCGGCGGAGAGGGCCCACGGGGAGCACCCAAGAAGCUUCACGUCUCUAAAUGGUGGGGACCUGGCCCAGAGAGUGACCUCUACCCCCCAGGGCAUCCUCUCCCUGGAAGACCACCAGCUUCUGGCAGCACAGAAUGCAAGGAAGAGAGGUGAUGGUGACUUCUGGUGCACAGGUGAGCCGUUGAGCAAGAUGCAGAGCCCCUGGGUGGUGAAAGAUUGA